GGCCAGCGACAGCAGGAGCGGGAAGGAUGCGUAGAGCGACGGGAGUGGUGAGCGGCGAGGGAGAGGCCGUCUGUGCGGAGCAGAACCCAGCAAACUCGUGGCGACAGUGUCGGGCCUCGCUAAACGGGCGGCUUCCGUUGGAGAACUGGAUCCAGGGACGGGUGCCGAGGCGGGAACCACCAAACCAGCUACUCCAGCAGGGUCGCCGGGGUCUCAGACAGCUCCGUUGGCCGAGGCUGGCUUAGAAGUUCUUUAGAAGCUGCUUUCCCUGCCCAAGAAAAUGGGGGCUGACAGUGAAAACUUAGCCCUGAGGAACUUGCUUAUCGGUCUCAACUUGCUCCUGCUGGGAUCAGUCCUCAAGCCCUUCGAGUGCCGGCUCGAGGUGACAACAGAGCGGACGAGGAGGCAGGUAGUGGACGAGGAAGGCAACUUUGCCAACUACAGCCCCCCUCUCAAGGAGCAGUCCAUGGUCUUCAACCAUGUGUACAACAUUAACGUCCCCCUGGACAGCUUCUGCGCCUCGGCGCUCGAGGCGUCCUCGGACCAGGAGGUGAGCGCGGAGGACGCCAGGAUGACGGAGUACACGGAGCAGACCUCUGACACCGAGAGCCAGGUCACCUUCACCCACAGGAUAAACCUCCCCAAGCAGGCUUGCAAGUGCUUCGUCUCCACGCAGGUCAUGCAGGAGCUGCAGAGCAGAAUUGAGAUGCUGGAGAGGGAGGUGUCCGUGCUCCGGGACCAAUGCAACUCCAAUUGCUGCCAAGAAAAUGCAGCUACAGGGCAGCUAGAUUUCGUCCCCCACUGCAGCGGGCAUGGAAACUUUAGCCUGGAGUCCUGCGGCUGCAUCUGCAACGAAGGCUGGGGAGGAAAAAACUGCUCCGAGCCCCACUGCCCGCUGGGCUGUUCCAGCCGGGGCAUCUGCGUCGAAGGCCAGUGCAUCUGUGACGACGACUACGGGGGGUGCAGCUCCCGAGGCCUCUGCGUGGACGGGGAGUGCGUCUGCGAAGAGGGCUACGCCGGGGAGGACUGCAGCGAGCUGAGGUGCCCCGACGACUGCUCGGGGAAGGGGAGAUGCGCCAACGGCACCUGCGUCUGCCAGGAGGGCUACGUGGGGGAAGGCUGCGCUCAGCUGAGGUGCAUGAAUGCCUGCAGCGGACGCGGGUUCUGCCAGGAGGGGCUGUGCGCUUGUGAGGAAGGUUACCAGGGACAGGACUGCUCAGCAGUGGCCCCGCCCGAGGAGCUGCGCGUGGCUGGGAUCGGCGACAGGUCUAUUGACCUGGAAUGGGAUGGGCCGAUGGCCGUGACAGAAUACGUGAUCUCCUAUCAGCCAGCCGUGCCAGGGGGCCUUCAGCUCCAGCAGCAGGUACCCGGGGACUGGAGCGCCAUCACCCUCAAGGAGCUGGAGCCGAGCCUCACAUAUAACAUCAGCAUCUAUGCGGUCAUCAGCGACAGCCUUAGCACGCCGGUCACAACCAAGGUGACUACCCAUCUCUCCACGCCACGAGGGCUGCAGUUCAAGACGAUCACGGAGACCACCGUGGAGGUGCAGUGGGAGCCCUUUUCCUUCUCUUUUGACGGCUGGGAGAUCAGCUUCAUCCCCAAGAACAACGAAGGGGGCGUCAUCGCACAGCUUCCCAGCGGCGUCACCACCUUCAACCAGACGGGCCUGAAGCCGGGGGAAGAAUACAUCGUCAACGUGGUAGCCCUGAAGGAGCAAGCCAGGAGCCCCGCCACCUCUGGCAGUGUCUCCACCCUAAUUGACGGGCCCACGCAAAUCCUGGUGCGAGACGUUUCAGACACAGUCGCCUUCGUGGAGUGGACCCCGCCCCGAGCUAAAGUAGACUACAUCCUUCUGAAGUACGGCCUGGUGAAUGGGGAAGGGGGGAAGACCACGUUCCGACUGCAGCCUCCCCUCAGCCAGUACUCCAUGCAGGCCCUGCGGCCCGGCUCGCGGUACGACGUCUCCAUCUCUGCAGUGCGAGGGACCAACGAGAGUGAUUCUGCUGUCACCACCUUCACGACAGAGAUCGACGCGCCCAAGAACCUGCGGGUGGGCUUGCGGACGUCGGCCAGCCUGGAGCUGGAGUGGGACAACAGCGAGGCGGAGGUACAGACCUACAAGGUGGUGUACAGCACCCUCGCAGGCGAGCAGUACCACGAGAUGCUGGUGCCCCGCAGCGCUGGCAUGACCACCCGGGCCACACUCACAGAUCUGGUGCCGGGAACGGAGUACGGAGUCGGAAUAUCGGCCAUCAUGGAGAGCAAGCAGAGCAUCCCCGCCACCAUGAACGCUAGGACUGAGCUCGACAGUCCCCGGGACCUCGUGGUGACGGCCUCCUCAGAAACGUCCGUCUCCCUGGCCUGGACCCCGGCCCGGGGGCCCAUCGACCAUUACCGCGUCACCUUCAUCCCGGCCUCGGGGAUGGCCUCCGAGGUGACCGUGCCCCGGGACGAGGCCGGGGCUGGCACAACCCUUCACCGCCACGGUCUGCUCCCACAGAGCUCGACAGUCCCCGGGACCUCGUGGCGUCUUGUUGCAUGCGAAGCUCCUCCCUCGAAGUCUGACCAAUCCUCUCUCUGCUUUCCAGGGUUCCGGCCAAUCACGCAGCUGCACUUCUCUCAUGUGACUUCCUCCAGCCUGAACAUCACCUGGAGUGACCCCUCCCCUCCGGCGGACAGGUUUCUCUUGAACUACCACCCCAGAGACAAGGAGGAGACCACGCAGGUCACACUGGAUGCCAGCAAGAGACACGCCCCCUUGUCUGGCUUGCAGCCGUCCACGGAGUAUAUCGUGUCCCUAGUGGCCGUGCAUGGGUUGGUCAGCUCCGAGCCCAUCGUAGGCUCCAUCACAACAGGGAUCGACCCCCCGAAGAACCUCACUGUGGGCAACAUAACCAAGGACUCAGUGACCUUGUCCUGGAGCCCUCCAGAGGCAGCUUUUGACCACUACCGAGUGUCCUACCGAUCGGCACAAGGGAGAGCCGAAAGCGCGGCGGUGGCCAACGACGUCGCCGAGUACACCCUCCGCCGCCUGCAGCCCGCCACCCGGCACGAGAUCAGCCUGAGCAGCGUGCGGGGCCGGGAGGAGAGCGAGCGCAUUUCCAGCGUGGUGUACACAGCCAUGGACCACCCUCUGGGGCUGUCUGCCACCAACGUCACCCCAACGGAAGCCCUGCUGCAGUGGAACCCGCCUCUUUCCAAAGUGGAGAGCUACGUCAUUGUGCUAGCGCCCUACACGGUUGCAGGGAAGACCGUUCUAGUGGAUGGGGCCAACCAAGAGUACCAGCUGAUUAACCUGAUGCCCAGUACUAGCUACAUGGUCACCAUGUAUGCCACCAGUGGGCCUCUGACUAGCGGCACCAUCAGCACCAACUUUACGACUCUUCUGGAUCCCCCGACUAACUUGACCGCCAGUGAGGUCACCCGCCGGAGCGCCCUCCUUUCAUGGCAGCCACCAAUGGCGCCGAUCGAGAACUACAUCAUGACCUACCGAUCGCCUGAUGGAAGCCGGAAGGAGCUGAUCGUAGAUGCCGAGGAUACCUGGAUCCGCCUAGAGGGGCUUUCAGAGACCACAGAAUACACUGUACGCUUGCAGGCAGCCCAGGAUGCGAUGAGGAGUGGAUUCACUGCCACCAGCUUCAUCACAGGAGGCCGUGUGUUCGCUAACCCUCAGGACUGUGCCCAGCAUUUGAUGAAUGGCGACACAAUGAGUGGAAUCUACACCGUCUCCAUCAACGGGGACCUCACCCAGCGAGUGCAGGUGUACUGCGACAUGACCACGGAUGGGGGAGGAUGGAUUGUGUUCCAGAGACGGCAGAACGGGCUGACUGAUUUCUUUCGAAAGUGGAUGGAUUACCGCGUGGGCUUUGGAAACCUAGAGGAUGAGUUUUGGCUGGGGCUGGAGAACAUUCACAAGAUCACCUCGCAGGGACGCUACGAGCUACGAAUAGACAUGCGAGACGGCCAAGAGGCGACUUACGCCUAUUAUGACAAGUUCUCCCUCGGUGACGCCAGGAGUCUGUACAAGCUCAGGAUAGGAGACUACAACGGCACCUCCGGGGAUUCACUCACCUACCACCAGGGACGGCCCUUCUCCACCAAGGACAGGGACAACGACGUCGCUGUGACAAACUGCGCCAUGUCGUACAAAGGGGCCUGGUGGUACAAGAACUGCCACCGGACCAACCUCAAUGGCAAGUACGGCGAGUCCCGGCACAGCCAGGGGAUCAAUUGGUUCCACUGGAAAGGCCACGAAUUCUCCAUACCCUUUGUGGAAAUGAAGAUGCGACCUUACAACCACCGAAACGCCUCGGGAAGGAAACGACGGUCCCUACAGCUGUGAGCUGGCGGAAUCCUGCCCCUCCCUCCCCCAGCCGCCCGACCUCUGCUGUCCUUCGUUUGUAUUUUAUAAUCUGAAAAGGGGAAAAAAAGAUACUACUACUCUGAGCUAGCAACCUGGUCCAUAGGAGUCCUGGAAGGGGGGACUGAGUGGGUGGGAGGGUUUGGAAAGGGAAGGACAUCCACGCCUCCCCUGUGACAUGCCCCGGGCCCACUCCCCCUGCCCACAACGUGAAAAGAGGGAGAUGGAUUUUUCGUAUUUUUUUAAAGACUUAUAAAUCCCAGGCAAACCCCACGGGACAUGUUUUUGUGGAAGGUGCUCCCUGGCCAGCAGGGCCUCCUUUGCAUGGCAGGUCCUGUCAGCCGGGGAAAUCGAUGGAAAAUCAGGGCCAGCCACAUGGAGGGGCAGGCUCGCUUUUCGGCUGAGCUUCGGACGAGGGCCUGCAUCUGAGGUGACAAGGAGUGCCAGCCGCACCUGGAGAAGAGGGACCGCACCCAGUGCCCUGCCAUUUGAUCAUACUCCGAGGCAACUCCUCUAAUGCCCCUCCCAGGGACUGAGCCCCACCUCCUCCCUCUGCCACAAUAACCUUCUGCCCUCCCCCUAAUAUCCGGUUCCUCCGUUAGCCAAGAUGCGGGAGCUGCCCCCCUCCCUCUGACCACGAACACCCAGUGUUCCUUAUCCCUGUGAGCUCAGUACACGCCCGCGCACCAUGGGGAGAAGUGAAGAACGUGCUUGGAUUUGUGUACCGGGUUGGUGCAAGUCCCAGGUCUCACGUGGAGCAUGAGAUACUGGUCUGCUUUGCAUCCAUCUCUCCUCUCCUUUGGAGUGAUCCCUUAGGAACCCCACCCUCACCCUGCUGCUAAGAUGCCCCAGGUCACCUCCUGUGUAGAGCAGUAAGAGAACCGAUGGAGUACAGCAUCUGUCUGUAGGUGAGAGUCGCUCUAGGGCUUUCUGGGGUACUAGGGUGGCCUGUCUUCUUUGCGUGUUGACUUCAUCAUAAGCCCUUCUGUGGGUUUUUGCUUAUAAAGCCUAGCUCAGCGGGAGAGGAGGGGAGGAAUCACAGAAAAUAGCUUCCAAGGAAUCUGCCACAUCAUUCUGAAGGAAAUUCUCAGAGGCCCCCCUUUCACGGUUAUAUUUGCAUCUGAGCAUUGUCAUUGGUCCUAAGCCAAAGAGUAUUGGAGGAAGAGCAGCGAGCAGAAGAACUGGCAAGAGGCUGUAGUUUAUUCUGAAGCUUGCAGAGUAAAUCACAGCCGGGUGCCGUGACAUCAGGGCCUCCUGCCCGUGUUCCCUGGUGUUACGGAGGAAGGAUGGUUUGAUGCUGAAGGUAAAAGACCUCAGUGGAGAUUCCCUUCCCGCCAGCCUCUUCUGGGAUCCUGGGGAGUUGCCAGCUCUCUGGGAGCUGGUCCCACCAGCACUCAGCUGGGAAUUGCACUCUCCCCUCCCCCACAGGGCUAUCGCGAGGCUCAAUUCGCUGGUUUGUCGAGCACUUUCAGGUGCUUGGCGGAAAGGUCCCGUACAAAUUCCAAUCGUUACGUUUCCCCUCCCCAUGAAGGGACGCUGCCCUGACAAAACCCUGGGAUGUGAAGGCUCUAGCCCCUCCCUACCUGUUGUUACUAACAACACCUUUCAUUAUUAAAAGUGACUUUCAAACACUGCAUUUAUUCCUUCACGCUGAUGCUGCUUAUGUUCUGCACUUUCAUCAGUCUGGCCAAUGAGAACAGGCCAGGUGCUUUCCCCGGCUGCAUCCCAUGCACUCACACACAGCUGUUCGGCUCAGGUUCACCGUACCGCAGCAGCAAAGGUACCGGGGACAUCGCUGUCGAGAGCGGGCCUCUCAUUCCCACCACGCUGCUUUGCACGGAUGCCCACUUCCAGAGAGCAUGUAAAGGGCCUGAGUGGAACGGAGAAUUCAGGGCAGAGUCUCUUUAAACAGGUUGGAGGAGUGUGACUGGCUCCCACCAGCCUGCGUUCAGGGGAGAGACAGGAGGCUGAGGAGCAAAGACAGGCUCCACCCCACACUCGCGUGCCUCGGGCCAUGCACUGGGACACGAAAACGUAACUAACUGGGGUGUAGGGUUAAGUACAACCCUCAACGCCCGGCUGUAAGGUCACUAGGAAAGCGCCCACGUGUGACUAGCCUGAUCUGGCAGAAUGAGGCUGCAGCUGCCUUAGCCUUCAAACACCCAGCAGCCUCUUCCAGUGACAUGGCACUGGUAAGGCCUAGCAUUACAAAGGCACUGCCGUAGGGUUGCCAGGUGUCCGGUCUAUGACCUCCGUCUGGAAGAAAAAAAACAGAAAAUACUGGACAUAUAAAAUGUCCAGUAUUUUCCGUUUUUCUUGGAUGGAAGGCCACUUGGGACAUUGCUCCCCUGGAGCGUCUGGUGGGGAUAAAGGCACAGUGACCCUCUUUGGUUUGGGCAGUUUUUCGUUUUUUCCCUCAACAAGCUGAUUUUUUUUUUUUUUUUUUUUGCUCAACCAAUUUUUUUCCACCAUGUUCGGUAUUCUUUGUGAGAAUAUCUGGCAACCCUACACUGCCCUGACCCCAGCAGUUUCCCUGCUCAUUGAGGGGGCAGUGCUCAGGCAGGGUUAGUCCUACACAUGCGCUGGAGGUAGGCCUUGAUCCAUGGCCCAAGCUGGCAGGGAGUCUCCUGUUGGUUUUGGCGAGCGUUGGACGAGGCGCUGAGUAACUCCCCAGGAACUAGAUGAGAUGUAGUGAGAGCAAGAAGGCCUCAAAGAAGAACUAGAGGGGGCUACGAGAUUCUCAGAGGAUGCAGUGAGAUUUGCACUGUUCUCAGCGGCGUGGGUCACUUUGGAACCCCAAAGGCCAGCGAGAAGCAGCAGUUCGGGCUGACAGAAGCAUAGGGCAAGGCCUAGCAACGAUUUGUACGAAAGCUGCCCCCGCCCGUUGGCAGCCCCCAGACAAGCGGUGACUUUAUGACACGAAAAAGCUGGGGAGUUUAAUGGUUGGAACUCAGGGCGGCUCCUGAGAACGUCCUGGCUUCCACCCCCAGCUGAGGCCGGGGACUCCAUGUUGGACACGUCGCUUGGCUCGGCUGGGCUUUCUUGUCUCCCAGGGUAUGUCUAAACUACAUGGCUCCAUUGACGGAGCCAUGUAGAUUAGGCUGAUCGGCAAAGGGA